GUCUAGUUAUCAUCGAAUGAAAAUAAUGUCAAAAGAAAACAAAAUGUAAAAUGGUAAAAGAAAAAGCCCCAUUCGGCAGUCACUCUGUCGACAGUUAGCAUUCUCACUGGCACUGAUGAAACCAGGGGUCAAUUCUCAAUUUCUGAUUCUUAAACUUUCAUAAUUCCUCCACCAUUAACAGACCUCCAAAACACACACACACACACACACACACGAAAUAACAAUUUAAACAAAUUCAAAAUACGCAAUGCCCCUCACUUUUCAUCAUACCAAAAAAGUAGUAUUAGCACUACUCCCACCUUCUUCUUUUUCUUUCUUUCCCCCCCAACUAAACCCUAUCCAUUACUUCUCUGAUUGAAUUUCCUCUCUUUCUCUUUCUUUCCACACUUUACUUUAAUCAAACCUCAUCAUUCCUUGCUUGCUUUUUUGAAUAUCUUUUUUUUUUUUUUUUAAUUUUUCUGUGAUGAGAGGAUCAAAGGUGUAUUUGAAGACGAAAGAGACGGUGAAUUCGAUGAAACUUUGGAGCUGACGUCUGAGGAGAGGAGUGAAGAUAUUUUGUGUUGGACAAAAAAAAAAAUGGUGGUGAGGAAAGUUGGCAAGUAUGAAGUUGGGAGGACGAUUGGGGAAGGAACAUUUGCUAAGGUUAAGUUUGCUCAGAAUACGGAGACCGGCGAGAGUGUUGCCAUGAAAAUACUCGAUCGCAGCACUAUUAUUAAGCACAAGAUGGUCGACCAGAUCAAAAGGGAGAUAUCUAUUAUGAAGCUAGUCAGACAUCCACAUGUUGUUCGUCUACAUGAGGUUAUAGCAAGUCGUACAAAGAUCUAUAUCAUCUUGGAGUUUAUUACAGGUGGUGAAUUGUUUGAUAAAAUAGUACAUAACGGAAGGCUUAGUGAAGCCGAAGCUCGUAGAUACUUCCAGCAGCUCAUAGAUGGGGUAGACUACUGCCACAGCAAAGGGGUCUAUCAUAGGGAUUUAAAGCCUGAAAAUCUUUUACUGGAUUCACAAGGGAAUUUAAAGAUCUCAGAUUUCGGACUUAGUGCAUUACCAGGAGAAGGCGUGAACCUUCUGAAGACCACUUGUGGAACUCCUAACUAUGUAGCCCCAGAGGUUCUGAGUCACAAGGGUUAUGAUGGUGCUCUGGCAGAUAUCUGGUCUUGUGGUGUCAUCCUCUAUGUUCUAAUGGCUGGUUAUCUCCCAUUUGACGAGGUUGAUCUUACUACACUAUAUGGCAAGAUUGAAACGGCAGAUUUUUCAUGUCCAAGUUGGUUCCCAAUUGGAGCAAAAUCCUUGAUUUCUCGCAUUUUGGAUCCUAAUCCUUCCACUCGCAUCCGAAUUGAAGAUAUUAGAAAUGACGACUGGUUUAAGAGAGGUUAUGAUCCUGUCAAACUUACUGAAAGCGAAGAUGUUAAUUUGGAUGAUGUGAAUGCUGUUUUUGAUGAUCCAGAGGAUGAAGAGGCUAAUAAUGAUCCAUCUGGAAACGAGGAUGCAGGGCCUUUGGUGCUCAGUGCUUUUGAUCUAAUUGUUCUUUCCCAAGGAUUAAACCUUUCAGCAUUGUUUGACCGUAAGCAGGAUUCAGUGAAUCCUCAGACACGUUUUGUAUCGCAGAAACCAGCAAAAGUUAUUUUAUCUAGUAUGGAAGUUGUUGCUCAAUCAAUGGGUUAUAAGACCCAUAUCCGAAAUUAUAAGAUGAGGAUAGAAGGUCUUACUGCAAAUAAAGCGUCACAUUUCUCUGUAUUUUUGGAGGUUUUUCAAGUCGCUCCAACAUUUAUUAUGGUAGACCUUCAGAAAGCAACUGGAGAAACUAGUGAAUAUCUUAAGUUUUACAAAAACUUCUGUAACAAUCUCGAUGAUAUCAUUUGGAGACCGCCGGGCGAAUCAUUCAGAUCAAGGUUUUCCAAGACGAAGAGUAAAAAGCGUUAGUUUUCUUGUCUUGCAACAACCUUAUGCCACCAUGAUUCAGGGAUUGAUAGUUGAGAUGCGAUAUAUUGUGAAUAUAUGAGCUUUAUCUUUAGUCUUCCUUACUAGAGUUGGCAGCCUAACGUGAUAGGGAGCCUUGGGAGAAAGUUGCUUCUGGGGCUGUAUUGUUCUGUUUGUUUGUCUGUUGUUAAUUUUCCUUGGCAGAAAUGCAAUAUGAUGUGUCCUUUUUUCACGAAUUAUCCCUUGUCUUAUAUGUUGGGAUCCGUAAAAGGAUAAAAAUGAUUACUCUAAAACUCGAUCGAAUAUUGAAAUCUUGUUGCUAAUGAAUUCUGUGACUUUUUAACAUCGUCAUGACGUGUACAGGGAAGAAGAAAAUCCAAAAAACGACCUAAGAGAAGACUUAUCAUUGAAGCUCACCAACCUACAACUAGAAGCCCAUAAAAAGAUUUGAAUGAUUGGGUAACAACAAAACAAAUUCUUUCUGUGGCAUAGGUGAUAGGUGUUACAACUUAGGACUACCACGUUGAGGAAUCCAGGACCCAUUAAUUGAACACUUUCAAAAUGGAAGACUUAAGCACAAAGAAAGAAAAGAAAAACACGCAAGUCAUAUGCUAAGUCAAAAAACCAUGACAUUUGUAGGGUAUAUGAAUGAAUCCGCUUAUUUAAAUUUACGUGGACUCGAGCAUGAAUGACACAAAUUGGAAAUAUUGGGACUUACGAAAUAAUUGAAAAGAUAUUCUGGAGAUGUGUAAACAAAAUAAAAGUUAACUUUUUCUUUGACAAAAUAUAGUGAAUAAUCUUACUAUUCGGUACAUAUCACACCAGUAAGACACUAAUUCUACUGGAGAGGUAAAUCGGAGUUAAUUUUAAAUUUAUUCUAUGAAAAUGAGGAAUCAAGACUAAUUAAAAUGAGGAUGCAAGCUUCUCCAUCGGAUGCUAUGCCUCGGUUAGAACAUGACUUAAUCAGAGUAUCUUAUCCCUAAGAUGUAUCAGUUUCAACUUAGGUGUUAUCGCUUCUUUCUUUGUAACAUAAAAAUUAUAAGAUAUGUAGUGUGCAGAAUGUCAAUGAAGGCGUUACCUUUUUGGGUCGGUGUGAUCCCUCACCUUGUCGUCCACUUUGACAUAUUCUCCUCACUCAGAAAUUCCAUGGCAACAUGAUUCUAAUGGCACCCAGUUUGACGUAAGAGAAUUUGCCUUAUAUUCUCAGUUUCUCACCGAGUUAGCGCCUCAGUAAACGAACUUUGUUAGUAGUAUUUUGUUUUACGAGGAAAGAGACAAAAUUC